ACGGAACGAAAGUAACCUCAUCUUGUUCUUACAUUGUGCACCUUGUGGCAUAACUGUAAUUUAACAACGAAUCCGUGUUGUCUUCUACGGCGAGUCCUCGCCGCCUCCCCUCUUCUCCCCGCCCGCCUUCCUUUUCAUCUCGCUUCUACUCGUCCCCUUCUCCAUCCAUGGCUUCGAUCUCGAUCCCUCCAUCGCCUUCCUCCCCCUCCUCUUCUUCUUCUUCGCUUUCUCCUCUCCCGUGGACGAAUCCAGACCCUGACUCUGAUUCUUCGUUUGCCCCCCCUCUCGUGGAGGAUUCCCGGCCCUCGCCGCCUCGGUCUAUCGUUCCGAGGGAGGAGGAGGAGCCCGUCGAACCCGAGUCCUGCGGCGAAGUUGCGCCUUCCGUCGAUUUACCCUCCGCCGAGACCUCGUACUCUUCCCACGAGUCGGCUCUCCCGGCAGACCUUCCGCCGCUCCUACCCGUCAGCUCCUCGUCGUCGCCGCCGAAGGUGGAGGCCGACUCGGUGGCGCCGUCGCUGCUCCAUCUUUCCUUCAACCAGGACGACGGCUGCUUCGCCGCCGGCACCGAUAGGGGUUUCCGGAUCUACAACUGUGACCCCUUUCGGGAAAUAUUUCGCCGGGACUUCGACGGCGGUGGCGUCGGCGUUGUCGAGAUGCUGUUCAGGUGUAACAUCCUCGCGCUCGUCGGAGGCGGGACUAGCCCGUAUUAUCCGCCCAAUAAGGUUAUGAUUUGGGAUGAUCACCAGAGCCGGUGCAUUGGGGAGCUGUCGUUUCGGUCGGAUGUCCGCGCUGUCCGGCUCCGUAGAGACAGGAUCAUCGUGGUGCUCGACCAUAAAAUAUUCGUGUACAAUUUUGCGGACCUCAAAUUGGUGCAUCAGAUUGAGACUGUGCCCAAUCCUAAGGGUUUAUGCGCUGUUUCACAGCAGCAGGGGUCGCUUGUGCUCGUCUGCCCCGGUGGUCAGAAGGGCCAGGUCAGGGUGGAGCACUAUGGGGCGAGGUCGACAAAGUUCAUAAUGGCACAUGAUUCAAGGAUUGCUUGCUUCGCACUUUCUCAGGAUGGACGGUUGAUUGCAACUGCAAGCUCCAAGGGCACACUGAUUAGGAUAUUCAGUACAGUCGAUGGAAUGCUCCUUCAAGAAGUUAGAAGAGGUGCUGAUAGAGCAGAGAUAUAUAGCUUGGCUUUCUCUGCUAACUUGCAGUGGCUAGCAGUCUCUAGCGACAAAGGAACUGUUCAUGUAUUCAGCCUGAAGAUUAAUUUAGGAUCGACAGCACAUGACAAGCCUCGCCCUGCAUCAGAUCCAAAUGUGCCAACUACAAGUUCACAUCUUUCUUUCAUCAAAGGUGUGCUGCCAAAAUAUUUCAACUCUGAAUGGUCAGUCGCACAAUUUCGAUUGCACGAAAAUAUACAAUACAUUGUUGCAUUUGGCCACCAGAAGAAUACUGUCGUCAUUCUUGGUAUGGAUGGGAGUUUCUUUAGAUGCCAGUUCGAUCCUGUGGCAGGUGGGGAGAUGACGCAAUUGGAAUGCUACAAUUUCUUAAAGUCAGAAACUUCUUAGCUGCAUAUACAACUUACCUCGAAGGGUUCGGUUCUCUAACUUUUGUUGCUAAAUUCCUUUUCUCUUGUUGUGAGAAGGAAUAAUCUGUAUAUAUAUAUAUAAGAAAGCAUUGGUGUAUAAAUUGGUUUCCCUCUAGUAAAUAACUUUAUGUUAAUACCAGACUGUGAUAACGAUACUCGUGUUUGCCGAUCAAGAUGAUGUUGUUCCUCAAA